CGCAAACAAACACGUUCUUACCUCCCGUCACGAUGGCGGUUUUCAGCCAUCCGUUUAUUCUUCUUUUUCCAUGGCUUUUUCUCACUACAUCGGUACUUUCUUAUCAAGUCCCUGUGGUGGAUACAGACUACUCCCGUCAAAUAUGUAGCGGUAUGUGGGGAAGCCAGUCGACGUAUAUUAACGUCAGCUUCGACGCUACUUCUCAGGGAAAUGUAGCAAUGGUCGUGUACGAAUGGGCAGAUGCAGAGUAUCUCGGAAAAGUUACCUCCCCAGCAGAUGCUCUAUUGCCUCAGAAAACAUACGUGUGCACCUCGAGCGCAGUCGUUGGUGGCUUUUGCACUGCAAGCGAGCUAGGACGGUUUAUACUUGACCUUCCUUCCGGGAAAUCAAUAAACGAUACUUCAUUUUGGUCUGCGAGGGUCCAGCUACCUUGGACGUCAGAUACGAAUUCAACAUCUACUUCCGCGGAAUUUUGGGCAGAUGCACCAGGCGGGGUACCUACCCCCCCUCCCUCUGCGGAUGAUGAAUACACAACCCCCUGGCGACGCAGUCUUCGAGUCCGGGACUCUCUUAAUCCUAGUCCAAAUGGGAUUCAUAUGUACGUGGAACCUAUACAAUAUCUGGUCCGGAAAACGGGUUACUACUGUGUCGCCAUCGUUCCUGUCACUGUAAGAAAUUCAGCCAGUAGCGGUAGUUCUGCCAGGGCUCCUACGGACGUGCCUUACCAUCCAUCGUACAAUGGGCUUGUGUUCUUCCAAAAUACCUUUGACGGUCAGCUGCCUGCAACGGACUAUCCUAAAGUUACUUUUUAUUUCGUUAUGUUCCUGGUGUAUGCAACGUUCGCCGGUGCAUGGGGAUGGCUAUGCUACAAACAUGUUCAAGAACUUCUUCCAAUCCAGUACUAUCUUUCUGGUUUGGUUGGGUUACUUGUUAUCGAAAUGGUUGCAAACUGGGCGUACUAUCGUUAUCUCAACGCACACGAGAAAAGCACAGCUUCUACGGUGUUCUUGAUAGUCGUCGCUAUCCUAGAUGCCGGAAGAAACUCCAUGUCCUUCUUCAUGUUGCUCGUGGUAUCCCUGGGUCUCAGCGUGGUCCGUGAAUCGUUAGGCCGGACGAUGAUCAAAUGCCAAAUACUUGCGGGUGCACAUUUCAUAUUUGGAAUACUGUAUGCUGUGGGAAUUGUGGAACUCGAGCUAGAGUCGACCUCGGCGCUUGUUUUGUUACUUUUCGUAAUUCCGUUAGCCUUCACUCUUAGUGGAUUCCUUUUGUGGAUCAUGUAUUCUUUGAAUGCAACAAUUGCGCAGCUAAAGGCCCGCAAACAACGCUACAAGCUAUUGAUGUUUGAGCGUUUAUACCGCAUUCUUCUUUUAACGGUCGUUGUGAUCGCCAUAUUCUUUAUCGUAUCUUCAUUCUCUUUCUCGGGCAGACUGGCUGAAGACUAUGCCGCAAAGUCUUGGAAAGUCCGCUGGUGGCUUCUCGAUGGCUGGCUGGCUUUACUUUACCUUGCCGCCUUCGUAACAAUAGCAUACCUCUGGCGACCAUCGGAGAACAACAGAAGAUAUGUAUCAUUUUUUGCGUAUGAAUCGAUGUCGGAUGAAAUUGCCCAAGACGAAGAGGACGCCGAGGACUAUGACUUGGAAGCUCUGGAAAGUCGUACCAGAGCUCGUGAGGACGACGAGGCAACACUAGUGGGUGGAACGCGAGCGGUAGGCGGUGUCACAGAGGAUAGUGUUGUCUUCGAAAUCGGUGAUGAAGGAGCGAGCGACGAUGAAGAUUCGCCGACUAAAAAGCGCGCAGGGCGGCGUUCUACCGAUAGCCAUGGCAGAGAAGACGAGCGGCGGGGUCUUAUGAGCGGAGGUGACGAAACAAGGAAUCGAGAUGAUUGA